AUGGGCCUUAUACGCAAGCUCAGCAAACCUUUGAUCCUUAUCUUUGUCGUCACGUGGGAUUUUGGUCUCUUCUUACUCAACGUUAUUCUUCCCGCGCGUAAGCCUGGCCACGUAGUCCCGGCAGGAGCACCUGGCCAUGCUCUCAAUUGGCCAGCCUACGAACCUCCUAAGCCGACUGACUCACGUUCUUCAUGUAAGCGAUAUCGACCUGCUUUCACUCACGAAGCUCGUUGGCUGACUCGAUUCGCGAUCCUAGGCCCGAUGCUCAAUGCCCUAGCCAACCACAACAUCCUUCCUCACUCGGGUCGCGAUAUCUCCUUUCGGACGCUCAAUACCACGGUCCGCCAAUGCUUCAACUUCGCACCCAGCUUCUGCUUCUUCGUGCCACACUUCGCCGCCGACUUCCUUGACCGCUCGUAUUGGAGGGACAGUUUCAAUCUCGAAGAGCUGAGCAAGCACAAUGCGAUUGAACAUGAUGCCAGCUUGACAAGGCGGGAUGCAGCGCUCGAGCCCAAUCAGAGCAAGCCAGAUAUCCAACUUGUGGAGCAGCUACUGGCUAGUGCGACUGGCGGGACUCCAGAAGCUAGACUGCUGACGAAGAAAGACCUGAGUGCGAUGUUGAGCCGUCGGAGGGUGGAGAGUAGAAAAGAGAAUGAAGCGUAUAGUGAGAGUCGGUUCCACAAUGGGUUCGGAAGCGCGAACUCGUCGACCAUGCUAACUAUUUUCGGCGGCCGCAUCAAUGACCUACGACCCAUGCUCUUGGAAGAGCGGUUCGCCGAAGACUGGGAGCCACGCAUUCGUUCCCACUUCGGUCUUACCAUGGCGGCAUUCAACGGGACGGUCUUGCCGGUGGAGAGAGGCGUCAACACGAAAGCCUAUGUCAGGAGCAUGGAAAGCGAAGGCGUGGCACCAACAGGCAUGGCACAGUGA